UGUCAAGUGCAGCAGGAGCAGACGCUGAUACGCAAUAGGAGGUCCAGGUCCCGUUGCCGCUGCUGGUUCCGCUGCUCCUGUCCUCCCCCCGUUUUCGUUGCGUCGCGGCCUCGCGGCUUCUUGGCCUGCUGGCCUCCCUGGCCUUUUGGCAUCUUUGGAUCCGCGUGAGAACCACUAGCGGCGGCAGCAGCAGAAACAGCACCAGAGCACUUGCAGCCGCGGUGGCGACCGCACGGCGCCUUUGGCAGCUGCGCUUCCGAGGAAAUCCAGUCCAAAUCAAAGGACCUACAGCACCAGCAGCAGCCGCAGUACCGGAUAUAGCUACGGCAACUGUUUGUUUGAGGAAUUCGAAUGGCAUUUGGUUGUUUCGCUAGCUCGUUGCUUCGUUGCAUGCCACAAAAACAGAAAAAAAGAUGAACAAUGAACAAACGCCGUCAUCAACGGACACAUCGGCGGAGCGUGUGGGAUCUGGAGCAGCCAAUAAGCUGCCCACGAUCAUACCGGACACGCCCAUCGUCUCGAUUGCCGCUGGAACGAUGAGCGAGAGUACCACCACAACCACCGCCACCAAGACGACGCCGACACCGUUCUCCGAGGAGCAGCUCAAGACCAUGAUGUCUUCGCAUCAUGUUGCUAAGCCCGAAAACGAGGCGGACGCGAAUCAGGACAAGGACAAGGAGAAGCUGAAGAAGGAGUCAUUGUGUGACGACAGGCAGGAGGCGGCCAAGUCAGCCAAGUCGGCGGCAGACGAUAGGCUGGGAGCCCCAACAGCUGCCGCGUCUUCAGCUACAAAUCACAUUGCCGGCCGGGAUCACAAGAAGUCGUCAUCCUCUCCUAGUAAUAGCCAAAGUACUAACCACGCCGCCAGCGAUACGGCAUCAGCUGCCGUAUCCGAAGUUGAGGCUGGAGCCGGAGAGUCGGCCUUCUCGCAGGUCUUGAGGUCGGAACUGUCGCGACCAAAGUACGGGGCCACUGCCAAGGGCAAGACCCAGGACGAUCAGAAUGUGGGCAAGCGACAAAAGAAGAAAAAGACAAAGUACGAUACCUGGGAAGACAGCGAUUUUAAUGAUCUCGACGACGCAUCAUUGAAGAAACUUCUCGAGGAGGCCUAUUGGUAUCGGAACCCUGGAGACAGGAAAAACAAGAGCGAGCGUUUUCUGCAAAUGCUAAAAAAGGCUGAGUACGACGAGGAGAUCUCUUAUCGUGCCAUCAAAACCUGCAUCACACUCAACCCAUCCGGUCUCUGCGGCGGCGGAGGCGGUAGCAGCAGCACCAGUAGUGCGGGGCACCACCACGGCAAUCACCGGUCCACAGAGUCCGCCCAGCGGCACAAGCAGGGCGGCUCCCUGCAGGAUCUCGUCGAGGCAGCCCACCGCAGCGAGCUAGCCACCACCUCGGCGGCGGCGGCUGCAGCAGCGGCGGCGGCAACGGCAGCAACCCAACGUUUCAACUGUGAUUACCAGCUAAGUGGCCGCUCCAAUCGCCGCCAACAGCAGCAGCAGCAGCACAACCAAAACGCCACCUCCUCCUUCGCAACCGUCUCCAAGAAGAUCAAGAACUCAACAGUCUCGGGGCGUCAGCGGGAAGGAGGCAGCCUGCCCAGCAGCGUCAACUUUGAGCCAACUGCAAUGGAUGCCAAGCAGCAUAAGCAGCAGGCUCAGAUCAUGGAAGCGGUAGGUAGUGGCACCGGAUCAUCUGGCACCAAGCACCACCAUCGCAGUAGCACUGGCAGCUGCAGCAGCCUGCCCAGCCAUUUGGGCGAGCGCGAUCCGGAGGCGGGCAUACAGUUUGACAUGGACGAGGAUGAGACGGGCACUGGCACGGGCGUCCGCUGUAGAGGCGUCCCACACGACUACCUCUUGGAGCAAUUGAAGACGCCACAGAAUGCAUUGCCUGCCAACCGCCCGAUGACGUUCAUGCUGGACAGCCUCGGAGGGCCGCAGAUGCAGGAGCAGAAGCAACAAGCUGAGGCCAAAGUAACCGGUGGCGGCGGUGCCCGAGAGUUCCUAAUCGAUGACCCGCUGCGCUUCUCCGUGCUGGAGGUAUCCGCCAAGAGCCAGCUGCAGCAGCAGGCUCAAUAUCUGGCCGCCAUCACCGGCCCCUUCGGUAUGGGUCUCGAGGAGCAGAAGCGCAAGGUGGAAGCUGGCUAUGUCUCGCUGAAUGAUAAUUAUACAGCCUGUUCCUCGGUCUAUGGCGGCGGUGCUGGCUCGCCAGCUGCUAUCGAGGUCGGUAAGGCCUCCACUUCAAGCUCAAGCUCGGUCUCGGCCUCGGCCUCUUCCGGUGGCAGCAACUCGGCAGGAUCGGAUGUGGUCUCUGGCGAUAUGCGUCCGGCAAAGAUUGGUCGAAUGGUCACUGCCACGGCCACAGCGGCUACGCUGGGUGGCAAGACCACAACGCGCCAACUGGACGAGAAUGGCAAUGCCCUGGGUGAUGGCUAUGGCGGCAAUGGAGCCAAUAGCAGCACCAGCAAUGGAAACAAUGGAAACCAGUUCACAGCCUUGAUUACCACCACUAUGAGCGGCAGCGGUGCAACCACUUCUUCUACGGCAGCUCACCGCCAGACCAGUGUUUCUACGCUGCAUUCCACUGGCACGACCACCACGGCCAUGGCAGUGGCCGCCGUGUCGGCGUCCAUCAACAGCCAAAUGCAGCAGGCACCCGUUGGUAUAUCGGCGGGAGCUGGCAUAGGCAUAGGAUCAGGAAUAGGUCUGCCCCAGCAACAGCAGCCCACCAAGCUGAAGGCAAAAAAGAAGUCACAGCAGGAGCGCAACACUACCACCUGGACAGUGGAUGUAGCAGUGGCUGGGUAUCGCGGCAAGGAUCCCGUCGAGCAGUUGGUCAAGUAUAUUGAGAACGAUGGUGGUGGUGGCAACAGCAAUGCGGCCGGUCAGCGCAAGAAGGAGCGCAAGAAGCAGAACAAGCUGAAGAAGAGCAACUCGCUGGAGGAGCUGCGCAGCUGCUCCAAAAUGGAGGUGGACGAUCUGAAGCGUCAGUCGGCCACCACAGAGAUGAUGCGCCAAAAGAAGAAUGGCUCAAACCAUGUGGCCUCGGCCUCCUCGUCAUCCUCUACCUCUGCCUCAGCUUCCGCUUCCUCUUCCUCCGGCAGUGGCAAGCACAAGUCUGCCUCCGUGGCGGACAUUAAUAAGAACUGCAACAAGGAUCAGCAACAAUCAACAGCGACGGCAACAGCAGCUGUGCAAGUGCGGAACAGCAACAGUUCUGGAGGAUCAUCACAGCAGCAGCAGCAGCAACGCAAGGGCGAGCGCCGUUCGUGGGGCACCGAGGAGCUACAGUAUCUGGAUAUUCAUCAGGAGGAGAUGGCCGCCGCCUGGUCAGAGCCGGAGAAUCUUGGUCAAAAGGUGGCACUGACCCUGCCCGCCUUGGCGCGCAUGUCCGAGCUGGACGCUUUAAAUACGGUGCUGUCCGAGACCGCCGAGUUCCAUGUGGUGACCAAGAAGAAGAAACCAAAGAAGCAGCGUGCCGUUACAAUGGAUGAUGCGGCAGUGGCAGCGGCUGCGAAUGCGGGUGGCAAUUUGCAGCGCAUGCAGCAGAUCACAAAGUCAGCCUCCUCCAACAUGAUGUCACAGCGGAUGCACUAUUACACGCCGUACAACAACAACAAUAACAAUGGGAAUGGAGGCAAGCAGCAGCCACAGUCACAGUCGCAAUACCAGGAGCAGCACUACCAGGCCCAGCAGCAGCAGCACCAUCAUCACCACCACCAUCAUCACCAUCAUCAUCAUCAUCAUGGCGGUGGAUCGGUGGUGGCCAAUCAGGUGGAUAGCUCGCGGCGCAAGUCCACAUCCUCCAUGCCGCCAUCGGAAAAGUCUGAUUCCAGUGAUCUCGACUCCGUGCACUCGCUGCCCAUUCAGACGGGCAAAAAGAAGAGCCUCGGUGGCGGCGGCGGUGGCAACAACAAGCAGCGCGCGGCGCAGGCCGCCAGCCAGCGUCAGUCCAAGCAGAACAACAACAACAACAACAACAGCUCCCCGGCACCCAUCUCCUAUGCGGACAUAGCCAGGAACAAGCAGGAGGCAAUGAACAAUGCCACCAGCGACACGGAGCUGGAUCUGGGCUUUGCAUCCGGAUUGGGCGACAAGCAGCUGCAGCAUAAUUUCAAGGGUGGCAAGUCCAAGUUGCGACCCGAUUUCCCGGAAUUGCCGGGUGGCUGCCAACAACCACAAGCUGUGGCAACCACCACCACCACUACCAACAACAUUAACCAGAACACGGCGCCGUCCUACUCGCAAAGCCUGAAUGCCACGCCUCCCAGCAAUAACAUCAGCGAUGCAGAGAUUAUAAACUCGCCGGAGGUGCUGCAGGUGCUGCCUAGCAGCAGUAGCAGCAGCAACCUGGUUGCCACGCCCACACUCACGGCUGGCACAAGCACAGGCCUAGGCAUAGCCACAGCCACCACGAGCAGCAACAGCAGCAGCUCCACAACCGCUUCCGUCAUCAGCUCUUCCUCCACAACAUCCGCCGCUGCUACCUCCUCCUCGCUGCCGGCUCUGAUGAAGUCAAAGAGCGUGGAGCAUGAUGCCAGCUAUAGCUGCAACAGCAGUAACCUGGACCAGCAGUAUCCGGCGCUGGAAAAGACGGUCAAGCGGCAUAGCACCAACAAUGUGUCCCUUUACGCCGCCGCCGCUUCCUCCUCGAAUUCGGCCACGCACCUGUACAACUUUGCGGCAGCGGCUAAGCAACAGUUGGCGGACAAGGCCGCCACUUUUGCCUCCAUCUCACCGCCGACAGCAGAAGCAGGAGUAGCAGGAGCAGGAACGACUACCACAGCUAUUGCUGCUGUAGCUACUGCGGCCACGGGCUCAUCCUCCUCCUCCUCGGCGUCAACAUCGGCUCAAGCUUCACCUCCGGUUGGAGCAGCUUGUGGCACAGCUCCAUCCUCAGUAUCCGCUCCAGCCUUAGCUUUAGCCAAGUCCAAGACCAAGCCAAAGGAGCCCUCUCCCAUCACCACGAACACCACCACCACCAUUAGCAAGAAGCACUCGAAGCCUAGUCAGGAGGAGCCUUCGCCCAAGACGGCCACUACUCAAAAGAUUACGGCUGCCACACAGACCGAGGGAGCCAAGAAGCUGAUUGGUGGCCAGCACAAGGCCAGCAGCAGCAGUUGCAUCGCCAAGGGAGCGGGGGCUGUACUGGAAACCACAGCUGGCAGGCGGGCAGUGAUCAUACUUAACGAUGAUGGUGAUGCUGGCAGAAGCAACAACGAGUUCAUUUUCGGAGACUUUAACGAAGACGAGCUCAAGCUCUUCGACGACAAUGAAGAGGAGGAGGAGCAGCAGCAGCAGAAGCGAGGAAGAUCGGCAGCCAAGACCAAGGAGCAGCAAACGGAGACGGAACUGGAGGGAGAGGCGGACCAAGAUCUGGAUCAGCAGGAAUCGGAGCAAAAACUGAGUCAGCAGGAACAGGAUGUCAGCGCCAGCAGCAGCGAUCAUCAGUUGAACGACUCCGGAACCGCUUCAGAUGCGGCGGUAAACAGCUCCGCCAGCCUAGACAUGCUUUCUAUCUCCGCGGAGGUGGCACAGUCAUCGCCCAGUGCGGCAGCCACCGCCGCCUCUUCAAGUGCCGCCAGUCUAAUCAAUUCGUCCACACCCUCGGCCUCUUCCUCGGCUUCGGCCAGCACCUCCAACUCAUCAUCCUCCGUCUCGAUAUCCUCCUCCUCCGGAGGAAGUGGAAAUGGUGCCGCCUGCCUGGCAUCCAUUUCGGGUAUGCUUGGGGGCGUGGCGAAUCAGUCGAGCGAUAGUGGCAUCUAUGCCGCUGCCAAUACGUCUGUGAAGGAGCAUGUCAACAAUUUCCUAAGCAAGGCAAGCAGUAGCAGUAGUGGCGAGGAGACGCUGCCGAAUGUCACCAUUGCCAUGACGCAGCUGGAGACGUGCAACGAUAUUGAGGCGGCCAUUAUAGCCGCCGCCCGUGCCGCCGCCGCUGCACGGAGCACCAGCUGCAGCCGCAGUAACUCCCAGGAUGCUGGGCACGAGGCCAGGACCAAGACAACGCAACAUCAUCAUCAUCAUCACCAUCCCACCAAGGUGGCGCUGCCUGUGUUUAUGGCCUACAAUAAUGCCGAUGACGACGAUGCCGACGACGAGAGCCUGCAGGAGUUGAGCUUUAUGGCGGAUCUUAAGUCGGAUGGCGCCGCCCAGGAGGUGACUGUGCUGCCGUCGCAGGCGUCCUCGCGUCCAGGGGUUAUGUCCAACACGGAAUUGAUUGUCGACUAUAUAGCCAACACAUGGAAUGCCAUUGCCAAUAGCAAGUAUGUGACCUACUAUAACGAGCAGGAGCAGGAGACCUAGGCCCUAGGAGGAAGCCUCAGGCGCACUACAACAAGAGUAACAACAGCAGCAGCAACGGCAACGGCAUUGCAUCCAGCCAAGAUCCCAAAGGAUCACAGGAGAGCGGCACAGCUGGCGUUGUUCUAAUUACACAAAAUGUCCGAGUUGAUAUACUUUUAUACAUCAGAUAAGAUCCAGAUCCAGAUACAGAUAACAGAUAACAGAUAACAGAUACCGAUACCAUGCCUACAUUAUAAAUAACUGCUAUAACAAUA